AUGUAUGGCAACGAGCGCGCCUGCGGUCGCGCCAUCCAGAACAUCGUAACCCACCGCUCUCAGGUCUUCUUUACGACCAAGAUUCCACCCGAAUCGAUGGGCUACGAGCGCACCAAACGAGCCAUCGACACCAGUCUGAAGGAGGCCGAGCAGGAAUAUUUCGACCUGAUUCUGAUUCACGCCCCCUACGGCGGAAAAGAAGCCCGUCUUGGCUCGUGGCGUGCAUUAGUCGAGGCCCAAGAGGCGGGAAAGACCAAAUCGAUCGGAGUUUCAAAUUACGGGAUCCAUCAUCUGGAGGAGCUGGAACAGUAUAUCAAGGAAGGCGGGGGCAGCGCUAUCGAUGUCGGACAGUAUGAGUUGCACCCGUGGCUCGAUCGGACAGAGAUUACCGAGUGGUUGAAGAAGCGCAACAUUGUCGUGGAGGCGUACUCUCCUCUAGCACAUGGAUAUCGCCUCAAUGAGCCGGUGUUGAAAACGAUCGGGAAGAAGUAUAACAAAUCUCCCGCUCAGGUCAUGAUCCGCUGGAGUUUGCAGAAGGGCUUUGUUCCUCUCCCUAAAUCUGCCACUCCCGGUCGCAUCCAGGAGAAUGCCGAUGUGUUUGAUUUCGAGUUGUCCGAGGAGGAUAUGAAGUCGCUCAACACGGGCGAGUAUGACCCCACCGACUGGGAUCCCACAGUUGAUUAUGAUUAA